GCCAAAGAUCAUCUUGAAGCGGCCAUCCUUGCAACCCGCUUCCGAGGCGGCUCCUGCAGUCCCGGCCCCGGAUGCAUCAGCAUCUCCUGCGUCGAGCGGAGCUAUUGUUCCAUCAACAAGCGACGCUGUGGAUUCGAAACCAGCUGCGACACAGCCUGAAAUGCCAGUCCCAAUCGCCCCUGUACCUUCGGUGCCUGCUCCACCAGCAGCCCAGAACUCUGCCCCCAAUCCCUCUGACCGAUUGGUGAAGCUCGAGCUGCUGCGUCAGCGACUCGCUGCCGAGAAGGCUUCCAACGCCCAAAGAUCGACCGAGACAUCCUCUGCCGGCACCAACGCCAACUCGGAGCCAGGUGAGUCCGGCGAGACACUCACAGACCUGCCACAUGCUCUUGCUAAUGUGCGUUCUGUGCCCAUCCAGCGCCGCCAAGCGCCACUCCAGCAUCAACUCCUGCUGCCCCUGCACCCGCUGCGUCAGCUACCGAUGCCCCGGCAGCGGCAUCCCCGGUUCGCAGACCCAAGCCGAUCGUUUGGACACAGAACACCAAGGCUCCCGAAAUUGCCACGGCUGCAGCCCCAGGGACUGCCCCAGUCCAAGCCACGGCCCCAACGGCCCCAGCAGCUACUCCCCAAACCACCACCCAGGCUCCCCGAGGAGGCCUGUCGAUCCGCGGCCAGCAAGCCAACCGAGCCCGCGGUGGCGCCAACAUCGUCAAUCGUGCCCUCUCUGCCGAAGGCCAGCAAGUACGUGCGGGUCAGCCCGCUCAGCGUGGCGGCCCCGGCGGCCGGGGUCGAGGACGAGGCGGCAUGCGAGGCGGUGCUGCCGGUGGAGCAGGCGGCCACCAGCAACCUGCGGCACGAACCGAUGGCUCGAGCAACUAAAGGCGGAUGCCAGCCGCUCUCAAACCACCCGAUUUGACCGGCUGCCCCGCUCGUGUCCACAAAAUGAACUCCCGCCGAACCCAAAGCGCUCGAUCUUGUCCAAUCGCCGAUACGCGAGGAGCAAAUGCAAUACAUGUUCAAUCGAUCGAUCGAAUCAACUGCUGAGCAGAUUCUGGACGGUCCAGAUCCAGUACACGCCUGGAUCCGGUUGGAUGCUGAAA